GGCGGAGAGCGGCGGCGGCGGCGGAGCCGCGAUCCACACCAACAACGCGGACUAUCCCGCUCUGCAGCCCGUCGAGUUGAGCAUGCCCUCAACUUGUUUAAAAUCGCGUUAUCAUUAAUUGACCUGCAUUUUAAUUCGGUCUCCUUCCACCUCACAUAGAUCUACCUUACCGACAUCAUGACAGAGCAAUCAGACGCCGAUGCAAAGCACUACGUCGACGCUGGGUCUGCCCAAGCGUUCGUUGAGAGAGUACUCUGUGGGAACGGAGUCCCGCCAACCAACGCCUCCAUUGUCGCUCAAUGUCUCAUUGCAGCAGAUCUUCGUGGAGUCGAUACUCAUGGAAUGAACCGGAUUCCCUCUUACAUGGAAAGAAUACGACAAGGCGUAUUGGACGGAUCCGCAACCCCAGAGCUCAAGCAGAUUACACCUGCUGUGGCGCAAGUAGAUGCACGCAACGGCUUCGGCUUUGUGGCUGCUGAUGUUGGUAUGGCUGCAGCGAUCGAGUCCGCAAAGAUCUUUGGCAUUGGCAUGGCCAGCAUCAAGAAUUCAAAUCACUUCGGUAUGAGCGCGUGGGUUGUGCAAAAAGCUCUGGAUGCAGACAUGAUGAGCUUGGUCUUCACAAACUCAAGUCCCGCAUUACCAGCCUGGGGUGGGAAAAGCAUGCUUCUUGGAGUUUCUCCGUUGGCGUGCGGCGCCCCGGGAAAAGAGAACCCAUUCAUCCUCGACAUGGCACCUUCGAUCGCAGCGCGUGGAAAGAUUUACAAGGCCAAAAGAAGAGGUGAACAAAUUCCCGCGGAUUGGGCUUUGGAUAAAGAUGGAAAGCCAACGACAGACCCCGCAGCCGCCCUUGAUGGUGGCGUUAUGCUACCCAUGGGUGGACCCAAAGGUUCAGGGCUGGCUGUUAUGAUGGAUGUCUUUUCUGGAGUUCUCUCAGGGUCGGCUUUCGCAGGACAUGUGACCGGCCCAUACGACCCGUCCAAGCCUUCAGAUGUUGGCCACUUUCUCGUCGCCAUUAAACCGGAUCUAUUCAUGAGUCUUGACGACUUUAGAGAGAGAAUGCAGUACCUUUAUGAGAGAGUCGUAGGUGCAGAGAAGGCAGAUGGCGUUGAUCGAAUAUACUUUCCAGGUGAGCUCGAACAACUUCAACAAAAAGAGCGGGAAAAAACCGGUAUACCCUUAGUGCAGGCGGAGAUUGAUGCGCUCAAUGCGGAGGCUGACAAGGUGGGUGUUGAUCACCUUCAAAUCAAGCUUGUUUGAUAGCAAAUAAAUGUACAUAAAACUUUUCAGGAUCUCUCUUGUGUUUGAUGUUUGAACGCCUGAUUUCGUACAG